AUGCUUCGAACACUCCGCCCGCAACGCAUUCUGCGGCAAACAAAACCUCAAGCUCAGAUAAUUCGAAGUUUCAUAACUCUACCCGGCACCGAGCAACAGAGUCUAGCGGCAACGCGAAUCCUUCCCUACAAAUCGAACGAUCUCUACACUAUCAUUGCGGACGUCGACAGCUAUUCUAGCUUCCUCCCGUAUUGCUCCGAGUCUCGAGUGACAAAAUGGUCAUCCCCUGAUCAGAAUGGCCAGCGCUGGCCCUCAGAAGCCGACCUGAAAGUAGGCUGGGGGGGUUUUGACGAAACAUUCACAUCCAGAUUAUUCUGCGUUCCGGGGUCGGUUGUCGAGGCUCUAGGUGGUGAAGCUAUUACCAAGCUUGCAAAGGCAGAUCUAGCACAUCAUUCGGCUACUUUCAAUGCCCCAGCAAGAGCAAAUAGCAUAUUUCAGUCGCUGAGCACGCGGUGGACCAUCAGACCCUUCCAACCCAUACCUCCCCUUGGCCAGCCACAGACGGACAAGGUGGGGCAUGACGCUAGGGGCCAAACCGAAGUGCGCUUAUCGAUUGAUUUCCAAUUUUCCAAUCCCAUAUAUGCCGCACUAAGUAAGGCAGUCGCGCCAAAAGUUGCCGGCAUCAUGAUCGAAGCAUUCGAGGUUAGGGCACGAAAGUUGCUCGAGGCUCCUCGAGCCGCUGUUGGGGGAAGGAGUCAACACGCUGGAAUGGCAGCUAAGGAAGGUGGUGUAUAA